ACUUUCACUGCUCACUCGACUUAAAAUCCUCGCUCCUCUUUACAUCUAUGGCAAAAGGUAAAAGUAACGCCAAAGCUACUGGCAGUAGCUUGGGGACAAGCCCUAAGCAACGACCAACACCGGCGAAACCACUAGUCGAGAUCCCUGAGGACGAACAGUGGCGUCUGAUUCAAGAAAGUGGUGUUCUGAACAAAGUAUCUGACUUGCAUCCUACCGGGGUCAUCCCUCCAAAAUCUCCUCCGGAAGUGGCUGUUGAAGAGGAUGGUCCGCUUACACCCUUCGAGGAGGAGAUGUUUCGAGCAGUUACCCUCAUCAUACCGUUUUCCUUCCUGCUACUUUUGAUGAACAUAAUGAUCAACUUCCAGUAUAAACAACAACCAGACUAUUGGGUCAUAGGUGGUAAGAUGAUGAGCGCAGUCCCGAUCCUUUCUAUAUUCAUCUUCUAUACCACUCGUCAUAAGGAGAAUCGAGGUACCCAGGUCGUCUUAUUCUUGCUCUCCUUGGCUUGUGGUGGACGUCUGAUCUGGCAAGUGAACCGAGGCAACUGGACGAUGAACAUGGAACAGAGCCCACCACUCGCCACCAUCUGGGUGUACACGAUCGUCCAGCUUGAACUAGGCCCUGCGGUUCUGAGUUUGUUUAUGGUCGGGAUGUGGACCUAUCUGAAGGGUUUGCGGAUCACAUUCAAUUAG